CUCUCUCUCCAUCCCCUUUAGAUUUCCGUAAAAUCCAAACUGUUUCUUCCAAAUCGAUACCAUCAAAUCGGCUAGUUAAUUGGGUUAUAGGUAAAAAAGAUCACAUCUUUACGAUGCGUUUCCACCAAGCCGCGGCGGCAGUCUGGAACGAGCCCGGCGGAGGCGGCGGCGGCGCCACUCCACCGCCGAAGCUCUCCCUGUUCUCGCUGCCCGCCGGAGUGAAGGGCGCCCGCCAGUACUCUCCCGCCGGCCCGCCGCCGCCCACGCCGCCGAUCAACCGCCUCGCCUCCGUGCCGUUCAAGUGGGAGGAGGCUCCCGGCAAGCCCAGGCCUCCCCGCCGCCGCCUCGACCACCGCCACGACGACGCCGCCGCCGGCGUCGACGAUCAGACCGAACCCAUCGCAGCGCGGUGCUUGGAGCUGCCUCCGCGGCUGGUUGUGAGCGGCAGCACCAGGAGAGAUCGAGUGUCUAACAUGCCGUCGCCGGCGGCGUGUAGGAGCUUCCGGCAGGAAGAGGAGGCGCCGCCGAAGCGGUCGAUGUCGUUUACGAGCGGCCGGGCCGGGUUCGGGUCCGGGUCGGGCAGGUGGGGGAAUCUGGUGACGAAGAUGACGUCAUCGUCGACGAUGAGGAACAAGAAAGGUCAACAAGUGGCCAACUUUGACUCCGCGGAGAUCAUCAGCAGCAGCAGUUACGUGGAGGAGGAGGAUGGCGAUCAACGGAAUGUGAAGAUCUCGAGGAUCAGGAGGCGGCGGAGCUUGUUCAACUUGUCGGCGGCAGGCCGGCCACAGGCAUGCUUGAACAGCAUUUACAGGAGCUUUAAGAAGAUGGUGAUGGUUCCAGCCAGAAGGAGCUAGCUAGCUGGCUGGGGAGUGAAGUCGUCGGCCGAGGGGUGAGUGGAGGAGUAUUAAUGGAGUUGUUGGUUAACAGUAGUCAAUAAUAAUGCAAUUAUAAAUAUGAUGAUUGAUGACGACGACAGACAUAUAUGUGACUGUCGUCGUAAGUAUGGAAACCAUAUGUUUUUGUGUAAUAUAGCCGAUAAUGUUGAAGUAUGGUGGAAGAAUUGAUGAAGUUAGUAGCUAGGUAGGGUAUAUCUAGACCAUGAACUCUUUGGGGGUGAGGGUGUUUGGGUCUAGCUUUGGGGUAUAAAUUGAUGGAUUACAUAUAUGGAAAUAUCCCGACGACAAGUCUAUUAAUUUUCUGUGUAAUUACGGUUGUUGUGUGUGAGUAAAUUAUGUUC